CGAAAAGCUAAGAGAGAAAAAAACGUUAGAAUUAUACCUCGGAGAUUCUUCGAAUAAUUCGUCGUUCAAACGAAUAGAAUACAAUAAUUCUUCCAAUGUCCUUCUUUCGUUAGAUUUUUUUCCUACUGGUUGAAAAAUUUCUUUGUCUUUCUUCGAUUGACGGGCUGUUUUUGUUAUAUUUAUUUUUUCUCUUGGUCUCGUUUUUCGGUUUUAAAAGAAAAUUGAAUCGAGAUAAUUUUGUUUUGUUCUCGUCGAGGUUUUCGAUCGACGUCGAAUCCGGUGUCUCUAAUGAUAUAAAAAAAAAAAAAAAAACAUAUAUUUGAACAGACAGAAAAAAAAAAUACAAUCCUCGCAUUUCGUUAAACAACGUAAUCAUACACGCCGCGCCACCAUUACUGGCAGGGAACCGACGAAAUCUGGUACGAUGAAUAAAUUAUGUCGUCAAGUGUCCAUCGAGAGUCCAGGACUUGCUGGUCGUGAUUGCGUCUUCAGUUUCGAUGUACCCGUACCGGAUGUACCUGCAAAUGGUGCUAGAAUUAGAGUAGUUUGUGCCGGUGCUUGUUAUCGUCCUCGUCGUUCACCGAGCACAUCAAGCUUGACAUCGCUAUCGAGUUCAAGCAGUCUUUUAUCCCAUGAUAUUUCACAAGAAGGCGACUUACCGACCACCUUACCUCACUACGGUGUAAGAGAUGCGGCGCUCUUCCCGGGUUACGAAGUUGCAGGAACCAUAGAAUCACUUGGCUCCGAUAUAACUGAAGACUGCGGAUACGCAGUGGGUGACAGAGUUAUUUUGUAUCCCUAUGACGGAGUGCCCAACGGAUACGCGGAGUACAUGGUAGUCCAUGAUUUGAAAUACCUCAUCAAAAUACCAGACACAAUGGAGCUCAGCGUCGCCGCUAUGCUGCCAACCGGAGCCUUGCUUGCAAUGAACACAGUUUUUGCUACCCAUGAACACGUACAAGCACUCCUUAAAGAACGAGGUGAUAACAGCGUAUGCAAAAUUCUCAUCGUUGGUACGGGAGGACUUGCUCUCUGGGCAAUGAGGAUCGCAGCAUACCACUUUAGCAAUAUGAAAAAUAGAGUCACGAUUACCAUCGCAUCAUUAAAAGACGACGGUCUCCUGAUGGCCAAAGAAUUCAAGAGUGUUAAUGUUGUACAAUGGAACGAGGACCUUUAUGAGAAGCAGUUGAUUGAGCGCACGAUGGAUGCAUGUCAGGGUCUCGUAGACGUUGUAAUAGACUUCGGCACAACAUCGAGGAGUCUACAUCGAAGCCUCCAGUGUCUUGGAAGAGGCGGUGUGGUGUUUGUUAUUAGGGAAGUUGCAGAUCGUCUUUUGCCCAAAUUCAGCAGACGUGCCGAAGAACGACAGCAAAGUAUCAAGCCAGUAGAUCCUGGUUCAUUGGAGCAGCUCCAAGAGCUUGUGCAGCUGGUUUCAUCCGGAGAAAUCGAACCACCACCUCACACAGUUUACCCAGCAGAAGAGGCUCUCGAUGUUGUCCACAAGCUCUGUCAUUCAGAAAUACAGGGCAGAGCAAUCCUUCGUUUCUAUCCAACGGAUUGAAACCCCGGUCAAUGAAUCUUCUCGCUUCAUGAUUAUAAUCUGCAAAGUUCACAUCACAUGAUUCAAAAUUUAACCGUUCCUACAAUUACAUAAUAUUUAGUGCCUAAUUUUCCUUCACAAGGACACACAUUUUGAUCAAUUUAUCUCUUAUUCUUUUUUUUCCACAAGUCUUUUCAUUUCUUGACGAAACUUCAACCGGAGAAAGAAGUCCUCGUGCAUUUAUAUAUUUUAAUAAUAUUCACGUACACAUUUUACAUCCGUUUUUAUGUCGUUGUUAAUGCUAAUUGCAGUUAAGUUACGGUAUACUUAUACCUGUGUAUCAAGUCAUAGUUGAUUUCUUUGACCUCGAAAGACUGUCUGAUUAUUAUAAGUUUAACUUUUUUUUCAUUUUUUGUUACCAUGCAUCACAUGAAUAAUGUAAAAAACCUUACAGCGUUUUAUAGUGCAUAAGGAAAUCUAUUAGUAUUUACCGUCUGUGUUAUAAUUGUUAAAUUUUAAGUAUAUAUGUAUAUUAUCUACUAAGUAUAUAAUAUAUUUAAUAGUAAAUAUCUUUUCUAUCA